CUGUGAGAAUUGGAAUACCAAGUAGUUACGCGACACCUCUAGGAGACAUGCAUCGCUUAUUGUCGCCCAAACAGCUACUGUCGCACUGACCGCCAGAUAUUUUCGGGAUCCCAUGACGGCAAAGCGCCUGCCAGAGUCGAUGCACACAUAGGUCCGAGAACUUAGUAGUGUCUGCGAUGUGCAUGGUGUCAAGCCCAUUCCCAACGUCUUCAAGUGGGAUGGUCUGUGUGCACGAGGCGCGUCUCAUCGCUGUAUCGGUUGCCUCGUGGAUUUGCACCGAUUUCGCAGGAUAGAGCAGACGUACACCAUACGAGUUGGCGAAGCGACCAAAGAACGAUCGAACACUUCUGUCUCGCAAGACCUCGUUGCGAUCAUGGACCUCGCUGUAGACUUGGUCAAGUCGGUGUUGCGUGCCUUCUACUCGACGCGUGAGAUUCUGGUCAUUGAUGCUCUCGUCUUGCACCGAACUAUUCGCGACGAUGAUCUCUCAUACUUGAUGAACCUGAACACGAAAGACCUGCACAAACUCUGCGGAAAGCUGCGAGAAGAUCGUCUUCUGGUACAACAAACGAGGCCGGAGCUGGUCAAGGCGAACGGACGGAGCGUGCACAAAACAUACUACUACAUCAACUACAGGCAGACUAUCGACGCGAUCAAAUGGAAAAUGUACACGGUGGGCAAGGAUGUCCAGGGCGUCGUAGUGCAGACAGACGAGAAGAAAGAGUAUUUUUGCCUUUUCUGCAAGGCUGAAUGGACAGCCAUGGAAGUUCUCGACAACUCCAGCGAUCAAGGCUUCCUGUGCCACCGAUGCGGCCACGUCCUCAAAUUUGACCGCGAGCGUAAUCCCGCCGGUCAUGAGCAAUCAACCCUUCUCAACGAGCAGUUCAAGUUCAUCACCGAAACAUUGCCCCGACUCGAUCAAGCCGAAAUACAAGAAAGCAAUUUCGAGGAGCUCUUUGAGCAGAGGCUGCCCGUCGUCCGCGAUGAAACGCACCAACGAACCGACACGGAGGCGAUCGCAGUCGAUUCUCGACCUUUGGCUGUGAAAGGGUCUUCGACAACCGGGCCGCAGACAAUCAAUAUCAGUAUUCAGUCGGCCGAUGGACCAUCGGAAGCGGAAAAGGAGGCCGAGAAAGCUCGUAAGGCGGAGAUGGCCAAGAGGAACGAAAUGCCAUCGUGGCAUGUCGAGUCCACGAUUGGCCCUGGAGUUGGGAAACCCUCAUCAAAGGGCCUCGACGCAGUCAAAAAGGAACAAGGCGAGGCUGACAAACCAGCCGAUGUCCCUCAAGCUGGCGGGGCCCAAAUUGAUGACAUCUUUGCGAAGCUAAAGGCAGAGCAGGCCUUGGAGCAAUCUCGGAAAGAUGCAGAGGAAGACGAUUCCGGGUCUGACGACGAGGACGAGGAAGGAUUUGAGGACGUUCCCACCACGGGCGCGAGCUCUGCGCGUGCCACUACGACUACACCUAUCAUGAAACGCGAGGCUUCCGGUGAAAUAUCUAGAGGCUCGGAGGAAAGACAAGCGAAGAGAGUGAAGAUCGAAUCGGAAGUCAAGCCUGAACCGAACGUCAAGGAAGAGCCUCCUGCUAGCGACGAGGACGACGAUGAGCUUGAAUUUGAGGACGUCUGAGGGCAGCUACUCUGGAUAAUAAUGAUAAUACCAAUAACAACAACCACAUGCAACCCCAGU